AUGGGCCCUAAGAAGAAAGCAUCUGCUCCUGCAGGCCCCAAGCCGGGUACGAAGCAGGCCAAAGAGGCCAAAGAGGCCAAAGCCGCCGCGGCGCAGGCUGAUAAGAAGCCCGUGACGGAUGAGCCCAAGAAGCCGUCAGUGAAGGAGGUGAUUGGCGGCGCAUCAUGGACCGGCAAAUUGCCAGUCAACAUGCUCUCAGAGCAUUGUCAAAAGCAGAAAUGGGAGAGGCCUGAGUAUAGCAUGAACCAAAGCCGCGAGGGCUACAUCUCCGCCGUCACGCUGAAGAAAGUCGAUCCCAAGACCAAGGAUUUGAUCGUUCUUCCUCCUAUGAAACUUCCGCCGUCUCAUAAAAACCUGGGUGUGCAACCCACCGCGCUCGAGGCCCGUCAUUUCGCUGCAGCGUUUGCCCUCUUCCGGGUUUGUAACAUGCGAAACCUCCAUAUGAUGUUCCCACCUACCUACAAGAAGCUUUGGAAGGAGGAAUUUGCGGAAAUCAAGCUUGCCGAUACCAAGGAGGGCAAAGGCUGGCUAUACGAAGCGGAUCCCUUCUUAGCCAAGCAGGAACGAGAGGCCGCGGCCGCCGAUUUAGAGAAAAAGAGAGCGGAGCGACUAAAGGCUCAGGCUAAGGACAAAGCCUCGUCUUCAGAUCUUGGUCUGGGAGGUGGUGACAAACAGAGCAAGCGGAUCUGGUCCCAGGCGCCUAAAGUGGACAUGGGCAAUCGCAUUCGACGCGAGAUUGAGGGUCUCUUACGCCAACACACUGUUUGGAAUGCUUAUGAUGUCAAGAUUCCUGAAAGGGAUGCUAAGGCGAUUGUGGAGGAGUUCUCGCGCUUGGGAUUCCGGCGCAGCCAUGUCGAAGAGGCUGUUGCUGAAUGCAAAGACCGCGAGGAAGUGCUAGAGUGGCUGCUGGUCUAUGUUCCCGAAGAUGACCUACCUCGGUGGUCUCUGCCCGAGGGAUAUUCCGCCGGUGUCAGUCUUGCCCAGCAGGACUUGGCUCGAGAGGCUAAGAUCAAGCGUCUGGCCUCAAUUGGCUAUCCUGCUGAUCUCUGUUCACAAGUUUUGGACAGCAAAGGUGGCGAUGAACUUGCAGCCGCAGAGCAUCUACAGGGUACCCUAAUACAUGGAUCGGCAUUUACCUCUGCUUCGAUACCCGAUGGUGAAGCGGGAGCGUGGGCGGAGGAGCAAGAUACACUCGAGGCUAUCUUUGGCGAGCGGUAUACUCGUGUCUCGUCCAGAGUCUGCGAGAUCAAGAGCGAGGCCUCAGGGGUUCCUGAGAACACAGUGUUUCGCUUCCAGGAGCCUUCUUCUCAUUACCCUACGGUACCUCCAGUCAUAUCGAUUCUAGCAAAGGGGAUCCCAGCCUACAUUCGGCUCAGCGCCAUUCGCCGAGCAGUUCAGCACGCUGAAGAGAAUUUCUCUGGCGAGUCAAUGAUAUUCAACAUCAUGGACUGGUUGGAGUUCAAUCUGCCUGCGGUCACAGAAAACCCAGGAAAGUUGCGCGAGAUCUCCGCAGUCACUGCCUCUUCUGCACCCGAGACCCAGGAAAUUCCCGUGCGCAGUAAUCGCAAGCAGCGGAGAGGCAUUGACUGGAAGCCCUAUACACCUCAGGGUACAGCGAUGAAAGAAGCAUGGCAAGUCAAGCAGUCUACCGCCGCGCAGAUUGAAAUGUGUCGUAAAAGGCAAUCUCUACCUGCCUGGAACACCCAGGAAGCCAUUAUUGAUGCCGUGGACGCUCAUCAGGUCACCAUUAUCUCCGGUGAAACUGGUAGCGGUAAGAGCACACAGUCUGUACAAUUCGUUUUGGACGACAUGAUCCAGCGGGGAUUGGGAGGAGCUGCGAACAUCAUUUGUACCCAGCCUCGGAGAAUCUCAGCCCUCGGUCUUGCUGAUCGAGUCAGUGAUGAACGAUGCUCCACAGUCGGUGAUGAAGUCGGAUACAUUAUCCGGGGCGAGUCGAAAUUGAAGCAAGGUGCUACGAAAAUCACGUUUGUGACUACAGGUGUCUUGUUACGCCGAAUCCAGUCUGGAGGUGACGCCGACGGUAAUGUUGCAAGCUCACUUGCUGAUGUGUCUCAUGUGGUGGUCGAUGAAGUUCACGAGCGCAGUCUUGAUACUGAUUUUCUCCUGGCUCUGCUGCGGGACGUUCUGCGCUACCGCAAAGAUCUCAAGGUCAUUCUUAUGAGUGCCACGUUGGACGCUGAAAUUUUUAUGAAAUACUUUGGUGGUCGCAAGAACGUUGGUCUCGUCAAUAUUCCGGGUCGGACAUACCCCGUUGAUGACUAUUACUUGGACGAUGUCAUUCGGGACACUGGGUUUGCUCCUGAACUUGGCGAGGACAUGGAUGAGAACUGGGAUGCUCCUCGUGGUGAAGAGUCUUUGGGCAAAGCCUUGCGGAGUGUUGGCAUGGGGAUCAACUAUGACUUGAUUGCUUCGACAGUCCGGUACAUCGAUGCGCAAUUAGGUGAGCGACCAGGAGGGAUUUUGAUCUUCUUGCCAGGCACAAUGGAGAUCGAAAGAUGUCUGAAUGCAGUCAGGAGGAUGCCCAAUGCCCACGCAUUGCCUCUGCAUGCCUCUUUGCUCCCAGCCGAGCAGAAGCGUACAUCCAUCACCAUUGAAGAUGUGGUUGCUGUUAUCGACACGGGUCGAGUCAAAGAAACUAGCUACGAUCCCAAAGAUAAUAUGGUCCGUCUUCAGGAAGUAUGGGCUUCUCAAGCUGCCUGUAAGCAGCGUCGUGGUCGUGCAGGUCGUGUGCGGGCAGGUACCUGCUACAAGCUGUACACUCGCAAGGCCGAGUCUAACAUGGCACCGCGACCAGAUCCCGAAAUUCGCCGCGUGCCUCUUGAGCAGCUUUGUCUGUCUGUGAAAUCUAUGAAGGGUAUCGAUGACGUCGCCAAUUUCCUCGCAAACACAAUCACGCCGCCGGAAAGCAUCGCCGUUGAAGGUGCCCUUAAUUUCCUGCACAGGGUUGGUGCCAUGGAUCACAGCCGACUGACAGCACUGGGUCGGUACCUUUCCAUGAUCCCAGCGGAUUUGCGGUGCGCCAAGCUGAUGAUCUACGGCUCAAUCUUCGGCUGCAUGGAAUCUUGUCUCACCAUCGCGGCAAUCCUCACAGUCAAGAGUCCAUUUGUCUCGCCUCGCGACAGACGCGAAGAAGCCGAUGCCGCUAAGGCAAGCUUCUCACGCCCUGGCGAUGGUGAUCUGAUAACCGAUCUAUCAGCCUACCAAGCGUGGUCUGAACGGACCCGCUCUCAAGGCCAUUGGCAGUCUCAGUCUUGGUGCGGAGCGAAUUUCCUUUCCCACCAGACUCUGCGCGAUAUUUCAUCGAACAGAGCCCAGUUUGUCACAUCUCUCAAGGACGCAGGUAUUUUGCCGGUAGACUACACCGACGCAGCACCGGCGUGGAACCGCAACUCUUCUAACCGGAACCUUCUCCGGGCCCUGAUCGCCGGUGCUUUCCAGCCCCAGGUUGCACAGAUCUCCUUCCCGGAUAAGAAGUUUGCUAGUUCCGUGACUGGUACCGUGGAGGUCGACCCCGACGCUCGCACCAUCAAGUACUUCAACCAGGACAACGGCCGUGUCUUUAUUCACCCGAGCUCCAUUCUUUUCUCUGCUCAGGGGUAUCCCAACGCUUCGGCUUAUCUUAGCUAUUUCACCAAGAUGGCGACAAGCAAGGUCUUUAUCCGUGAUCUGACCCCAUUCAACGCAUACUCUCUUCUUCUAUUCUGCGGCUCCAUCACACUCGAUACAAUGGGCCGCGGCUUGGUCGUGGACGGCUGGCUCCGACUGCGCGGCUGGGCCCGCAUCGGUGUCUUGGUCUCGCGACUGCGCACUAUGUUGGAUGAGGCGCUGCAAGAGCGUAUAGAUAACCCGGCCGUUGGGUCUGCUUCAGAGGCUGGUGACAAAGUCAUUGAGGCUGUAAAAAGACUUAUUGAGUUUAAUGGGCUUGAUCAGUGA